AUGGAAAAAGAAAUGGCUUCCAUUACUGUCGACGAUGGUCUCGGACCGCACCGCUUGGAAGCGUCUUACCUUAUAGCCAUUGGAAUUAGUCUAACCAGUAAUGUUAUGUCCGACCAUGAUGAAUUAAAAUGGGAGUGUGCCAGUUGCACUUAUUUAAAUUAUCCGUCAGCAAUUUUAUGUACAAUGUGUCGUUCAUCGAAGAAUCAUUCAUCGCCUUGCAUAAAUGAACCACCAUCAACAUCAGGUGAUGACUGGAAAAAAUUUGAUGCAAGGAACGAACGUUGGUCGUGUUCCGCAUGUACAUAUUUAAAUGUAUUGAAAGCACGAACGUGCAGCGUAUGUUCUUCAAAACGACCUGAAUAUCUCAACUCGAAACCAGAACUAGAAGAUACCCCUCAAAUUGAUGAUAAAGGUUUUGAUCUUAGCAAAGCUCUUAACAAGUGGGAUUGUUCUAUGUGUACAUAUAAAAAUUGGCCUGCAGUUAAAAGCUGCGUUAUAUGUCGAACACCUCGACAAAUUGUGGAAAUUGGCGACGAUGAUUUGGUGCCGUUGAGUCCGAUACAAAGUACAGAGAAGGAGCGAAGAAGUCCGAAUUCUUUUGAAACGAUGGAACCUCUUCAACGAUAUUUAAUUUGCCUUCAGAAAACGGUUGAUACGGGUUGUAUAUCUUUUCUUGAAGCAGUGUAUCAAUUAAUUUGUCUAGAUGAUGAUAACGUUGAUAGGAUACUUCAUUAUUUAUAUAAUUAUAGCGAGCAAAAUCGCAAAAUAACUGCUCUCGAAAGUAGUUUGUUCAAUCAGUUAGCAGAUUUUGAUAAUACUAUAUUUUACAAUCGCUCGUUUGUUGAUAUGUUGGACUUUCGAGAUCAGAAUUAUUUAUCCAACAUUCCUGUCGAAUAUUAUAAUUCAUCACCAUCUGUGCAAUUUCCCGGCUCAGUUUCUAGUGAUGGCUCCGAUGAAAUUCAUGCAAGAAUCCGUGAGGAUAUAUUUAAUGAUUUGGAUUUAUGUCGCAUGACCAACAGUAGUGCCCUUUUUAAUGUGCCUGAAGUGGUAUAUGAUUUACGAGAAUGGUUAAUCCAUAGGGAUAAGCGAGGAAUUUUGAUGAAUUUUGAUGAGAAUCAUUUAAUGUACACAAUAUGCGGCUCAGAUACGCAUAAUCCAUCCACUAAUCUCGGUCAAGAACGUUAUGCACCUUUGAUUUUGCGCAAUCGUGGUGGUGGGCAUAGUCUUGUCGAUGCAGUAUCACAAGCUCUAUGGGGUGUUAUCGAUAAGAAUAAUUUGCUUCGUGGUGCCGUUUACCGUACUUUAUUUGCUCAAGAAAUUAGAUUUCGGGCCUACUGGGAAUCAUGGAUUUUAAAGCUUGGUUUAAAUCUCUGCGUAUAUGCAUUACAGCGUUAUUGGGAAAAUGUAUUAGAUUGUCAUGAACCAGGUUCUGCCAUGGAACAAAUCCAUAUAUUAGUUCUAGCUCAAAUAUUAAAUCGUCCCAUCGUUGUAUUACCUAUCGAAUCAUCGAAAGCAAAUAUGAUUCCUCGCUGUGAUAAGUCUGUGAAAGAAAAACAUCCGAUGGAAGGGUUUUAUCCGCAGCUUGCUGUUUUCAACAAUUAUCGUUUGUGUCGGCCAUUAUUUUUGUGCUAUGCCAAUGGCUGUUUCCAUGCAGUUAUUCUACCUCCACCUCAGAGAAGUCCAGUUUUUGGUAAAAUCAAGGCAGAUCGUGCAAAACGUGUAUUCAGAUAUUUGCGUUGUCCUUCUUUUCCUCUUGAGCAUUAUGUGCAGUUUGCUGUGAAUGAUGCUGAAACCUUGGAGUUUAUUAAAUUCGGAUUAGUUGUAGAUGUCGAUAGCGAAGGAAAUCGGUGGAUAUAUCACUCGUCAUUUAUUGUUCCCAAAGAUUCUGAAAUGGCAACUGAAAAGGAUUCCGGAACAAUUCUGUGGCAUCGAUGGAUGGCGUCUCAUUUUCCUCGAAAAAAUUUUGAUCUUAAAAGGUUAUUUCUUUUUUUUUAA